GCCCGGCGAUAGCGGCUGCGUGACGUCACACGUCACGCCGAGCGCGGUUCGAGUUCCUCUUAAUUGCACCCGAGAUUGCAUUUUACUAGAGAGCGCUGCGAUAAACGGACAGCUGCUCUGCCUUGGCUCUGCCGACUCUGCCACCGCACACGGCGACGCCAGCCACCGAUUGCCUAUACGAGCCGUGCUUCAAAGCGCUCGCGGAGAGCGACCGCGACAGGAGCGAUGUGUGAGGAGUUGACGCGCUCUAUCUCUCUCUUCUCUGGCGGGCCGAACCUGACCUUCCUCACUGCACUUGAACUUGAUAGGCUGGACCAGAAAUGAUCGAUAGCCAUUUCAGGUCCGUCCUGGCCACGCCAAUCUUGCUGAGCACCCACCAGGGCGUCCUACUAAGAGCGACCCCUUUGCCGGCGGACCGGGACUGGACGCCCACAGCAUCCGGCCCCCUCCGGAUACUCGACCCUUAGCGCUGUGACGCCGAUCUGCCGGUGGCCCACACGGUGCAGAGGUCUCUCUACACCGUGCGGCGGCCCGAACAAUGAGCUGGGAGUGCGCGCCGGUUGCGCCGCAACCCCGCGGGCGGGGGCAGCACCGGGAAGAGGGCCUGCGGCGGGGGCGGCAGAUAUUAAAAAAAAAAAGGAAAACAAAAACUAACAACUGGCAAUGUCUUGCCCCGAGGAGGAUACUUCCAUCGCUCCGAAGGAGUGCCAGCCGCAGAGCAGAAGCAAGAGCGACCCGUGCUGCGGGGGCACCCGGAGCCGGUCGCUGUGCGGCAUCCGCACCCCGUUCUGGUGGUACGGCGGUCGCGACGGCCAGCCGCGGCCUGGAGGCGACCCCGACGAGUACGAGCCGAGGCCCCGCCGCCUCGUCCGCCUCGCCGAGGACAUCCCCAACGUGCUGGAACGGCUGGAGGUGGACUGCGUGCACCAGUACCUGCCGGGCCAGAUUUCUGCAACAUCCGCUGGCAGGGGCGCCACGCGCGUCGCCGAGGACGGCGUCGACGAGAAGGAGCGGGCGGAGCGGGCAAGCCACGAGCACUGCCCCUGCAGGCGGGAAACGUGGGUGCGAGGGGGCCCCCUGCUCGGCCACCGCCCUGACCCCGCCAAGGGCUGCCAGUGUGCCUGCUGCCGCGCCCCGCGGCCACCCCGCCCCGCCCCGCCCAGGGCACCUCCUGCCAGCCCGGCGCCCCCUCGGGAGACGUGGUGUCCGAGGCCGCCGUUCUGGUGGUGGUGCCACGACAAGCGGUCGCAGCGGCCGUGCGGGGAUCCCUCGCUGUACGCCCCCGUGUUCCCCGCCAAGCAGCCGCAGCCUGAGACUCCGCUGGAACACAAGUUUGAGUUGGACCACCCCGAUUUCUACCUCCCCGGGCAGGUGGUCUUCGGGUUCAAGCCCGCCCUACGCCGCUACGCGGAGCCAGAGGACUGCCCCGACGACUACCUCUCCCGCUGCGGGCUGGAGCCGACACUGCCGCCGCCGAGGACGCAGCGAUGUGGAGCAAUCCCGAGCUGUUCGGAUCACGGAGGGCAUCCCUGGCAUCCCGCCUACUUGCCUAGUCUCUUGGAGUCCGAGGUGGCCGGCGCGCGCUGCUCCGCGCCGCCGCGCGCACUGCGGAGGCCCACGCCCUGCACGUGCGCGACAGAGGCGUGCACCACCUGCUGCAGGCACUCCGUGGACGAGAUGUGAGUGCUCGCUGCCUUCCUCGUUUGAACCCUCCAACGCUGCCGACCCUUCAGUUGCAGUUCUUUCAAUGAAUACGUUGCGUUCCGGCAGGGCGAGCAUGCUGCCGUACGGGUGGCGCGGCUGGCCGGGCGUCAAGAAGGCCCACAUGCUCUACCCCGCCCCC